UUUUCAGCGAGCUAUACAAGCAGACUGACAGCGUGUAAAGGAUCAGAUCAUUUCCGACGCCAAAAAUAAGUCAGACCAUGAGGGGAAAUGAGAAGGAAAAACGCUUAAUGUGAAGGCAAAGCACCUGCCGGAAAAAAUGACCCUGCAACCAUUAACUCCAGUGAACUGUGCGAGCCUCCUCCAGCCCGGCUGCUCUCUGCUGCAGCUGGAUGGUGAGGUUCUCCUGUUUGGCCAGAAGGGCUGGCCCAAGCGCUCGUGUCCGACGGGUGUGUUUGGGGUUCGGUUAAAACGUGGUGAGAUGAAGCUGAGGGCCAUCUCCUUCUCCAAUGACUCAUGCUACCUCCCCCCGUUACGCUGCCCGGCCAUUUGCCGCCUCGACCCCUAUGAUGGGCUUCCCGAGAGUUAUCUCAUCCAUGGUGGCCGCACGCCAAAUAACGAGAUCUCAUCGAGCCUGUAUCUGCUGACCAUGGAUAGCCGUGGCUGCAACCGUAAACUGACCCUGUGCUGCAAAGAGAAAGAACUGGUGGGAGAAGUGCCCGGGGCCAGAUACGGCCACACGAUGAGCAUGGUUCAAAGCCGAGGGAAGACGGCUUGCGUGUUGUUUGGGGGUCGAUCCUACAUGCCGGCCGGAGAGCGGACCACAGAGACCUGGAACAGCGUCGUCGACUGUCCUCCUCAGGUGCUCCUGUUGGACCUGGAGUUUGGUUGCUCCUCUGCGCACACUUUACCUGAGCUCUGCGACGGACAGUCUUUCCAUGUGGCCCUGGCCAGGGAAGACUGUGUCUACUUCAUCGGGGGUCACUCGCUCGCCUCCGACUCCCGACCUCCUCGACUCUUUCGCCUGCGCGUCGAGCUUCUGCAAGGCAGCCCGUUGCUUUCUUGUGAGACUCUAGACACCGGCAUCUCCAUCUCCAGUGCCAUCAUCACCCGUACAGGUCCCGCUCACAGAUAUAUCAUCUUAGGCGGGUAUAAGUCAGACUCUCAGAAGAGGAUGGAGUGCAGCACUGUGAUUCUGGAUGAAAAAGGGAUCCACUUUGAGCACUUAGAACCACCUAACUGGAUCCCGGAUAUCAUUCAUAGCCGCACUUGGUUUGGCGGCAGUGCCGGGGAGGGAAGCGUCCUGCUUGGUGUGCCUACUGAGGGAAGGCCGUCCCAACAAGAUACGCAUUACUUCUAUCAGGUGAACUUCCAGACAGAGGGAGAAGGCAAAGAGGAAGAAGGAGCCCAGGCGUGCAGCCAGGAGUCAACAGAUUACGACGACUCCACUCCUCUUGAAGACUCUGAGGAGCUUUACUUCGGCCGUGAGCCACAUGAGCUGGAGGACAGCAGCGAUGGAGAACAGGACACUUACAAUGAGGACGACGAGGAGGACGAAUCCCAAACAGGCUACUGGAUCAAAUGCUGCCUGGGCUGUCAGCUGGACCCCAACACUUGGGAGCCGUACUACUCUACUGAGCUCUACCGGCCCGCCAUGAUCUUCUGCUCCAGAGGAGAGGAGGGACACUGGGUCCACGCCCAGUGCAUGGAGCUGUCUGAGACCCUGCUGCUGAAGCUCUCUCAGGGCAGCAAAAAGUACUUUUGCCAGGACCACGGAGGCCUUCCGUACCAGGAGAUGACCCCGCCUCGGCAGAUCGCUCCUCUGAAGCGCACCCCCAUGAAAGUGAAGAACAGGAAGACGCCAACAAUCAAGAUAUCCCCGUCCAAAAAAAGCUUUUUCAGAAGGCUUUUUGAAUGAAUCUAUGAAUCUAGCUGUGCUGAUUUGUAAAUUUGUGCAAAGAGCAUAAAAUGUGGUGUUUCAUGUCCAAAAGCUGUAGAUUUUCAUUGCAACUUUAAAGUGCUUGACAACUGUCAAUUGUUAAUUGUGAUUUUGUAUACCAUUAACUACAGCAGGAUUUACUUUGUAAUUAUUUCUACAAUAAAAAUGUUGAUUACUGAAAAAUAGCCACUGUUGAAAAUGCAAUGUAUAUUAAAGAGGUUGCUUGUUUAUAUCCAGUAAAUGAAUUGUUGCCGAAAAAUACUUAAUAUUCUGAAGUGAGCUGAAUAAAAUCAAUAAUAAACAGCCUUUCUUCAAAUGAUG